AACCGGAAAGGACCCUGAAUGUGUCUAUGAAGCUAUCACUGGAUGCACCGCCAUUUCAAUCUCCUUUAUAUCGACCUGAACUUGCUGGUGCAGGCUUGGAAGAGGCAUCCGCUCUGAGGCAAGCACCUCGGCAGGAGAGAGGGGGGGAAACAUGAACAAUGGCCUUUGUCCUGUUCGCGCAGCCCGCCCAGCUGGUUGGUUCCUGACUAGACCACUUUUGUCACAUGCAUUUGCCCACCGCCAGAUAGGCACAUGGAUCUGGGCAUGCAAACCAGCCCACCGCCAGCCAGCCUGGAUCACGAUGAUCACAACAGCACCUGCCGAGCACGGCAGUGAGCUACAACCCUGUAUGCCAAUCGCAUAUAGAAGGAUUGACCCCUUGCUGCACCUGCGUCUGCGCGGCGGUCGGAUCUGGGCGGCGGUCCCACGACCGGAGCGCGGAGAGUCGGGCGAGGACGAUUGCGUAGUAAGCCUCCGUCUUCGAUUUUCGUCGCUCUCGGUAUCGGAAUCCAACCUUACCCCGCCUGUGUGUGGUCCGCGGGAUUCAUUUUGUCAUAGGGCGGCGAGCGGGCGCAAUGAGGAAGCAGAAAGAAAUGGACAGCUACAUGCUUAAGCGUGAUAGCUGCUGGCGGGCCCAGGGGUCGUCGGGAUCGUGGUGUAACGUGACUUGAUAUACGA